UCUUCACUCCACUCCACACCACUUCCCCCACCUUCUCUCUCAUCUUCUCCCCAACCCAACCCUCAUCUCGCCGCCGUCGCGCGCAAUGGCGGCCCCGGCGCUCCUCUCCGCCCCGCCCCCGCCCCCUCCGAUGGACGAGGACGCCAGCGCGGGCGCGCACCACGCGUUCCCGGGCCCCGCCCCUCCGCCGUCCCCGGAGGGAGCCCCUCCGCCGCCGCGGCGGAGGCGGUCGGCUGUCCGCGUCACCUCGGAGUUCGACAGCGACGCCCGGCUCUUCUCCCACCGCCUCUCCUGCCGCGUCAUGGACGGCCUCGCCAAGCUCCGGGUCCGGGUCCACCACGGGGUCGGCGGGGCCGGGGCGGCGGCGGUGGAGCCGCCGCCGCCCGAGGUCGCGCUCCUCGCGCGGAACUUCUCCGUCGCCGUCGACACCGUAGCCCGAAGCGCCAUGCUGCGGGGCGCCGCCGACCUCGCCGGAUCGCUUCGCCUCAGCGCCAAGCACGACACCAAGAACUGCCAGAAUGGAGAGCAAUCAUAUUUUCAUAUCAGCUGCUCGACCCACCUUUUGUCUCUGUCUUGCAAUUAUGAAUAUGACAAAUCAACUGUUUCUUGUAUUCACUUGGAUAGGUACUUUCAAUUGAAGUACCACAGUAGAAAGGAGCAAAAAGGGGAAGUGGCGGUGAGAGCAAAUUUGGGUGAUUCACCAUGCAAGAUUGAGUUAUCAUCUGUGGUUCCACCUGAUGGAUUGCCGAGGACAACCUUCAUCUUUCCCAAUGGUGAAGUUUCAGUUAAGCAGAAAUAUUUGGAUGAAGGUGACAGGAUUUUGUCAGUAAACGGCAUAGUGAGGUCUCAUGUUCUGAAUGGAGUUUGCACUGCAUUGUACAGUGACAAUGAGAUGAACAUAAAAUAUCGUUACAAGGAUGAAGAGUUAUCAUUUAUUCCAAGCCUCUCUUUACCAUCCAAUUCACUAUCCUUUGCAUUUAAGCGCCAAUUCACUCCUUCAGACAAGUUAAGCUACCGGUACCAGUUUGACACAAACUACUGGAGUUUUAUCUAUAAACACAAGGCCAGUAAGCAUGUCAAGUGGAAAGCUGGUUAUGAGUCUGACCAAAGGCUUGGAUGGGCAUCUCUUUGGGUUGGAGAUGCAGGGGGCAAGACGAAGGAGGUGCCUAUGAAGGCUAAAGUUCAGUUGACGCUUAAAGUUCCACAAGACAAUGUAAAGAAUUCAGCCAUAAUGUUCAAUGUCAAGAAAAGAUGGGAUUUCUAGUUUAUAAACUGUGUGUUACAACAUGUGCACAUAACUAAAUUUAGUGCACAAAUAAAGGAAGAAUAAAGAAAAAUAUGGAUGCAUUUGCACGAGUCCAUAUGUAAUCCGUUCAGCUCAUCUCUCUUGCAGAAUGGAAUGGCAUUUUGGUGUACAAUCGAUCUAUGAAAAUAAUUUUGUCGCAAA